CGUACAAAAUAAAAAGUAGAAUUUCCUUUAUCUGCAAGGCAACUCCAUAACGUACAAAAAUCUCCUCCUUGCUUAUACUGAGGUCAGUUUACAAAGCGCGCCAUCGCAGAAAUUGAGCAUUGGUCAUUGGCACGAACUUUAGCAACGGAGGAGGGCAAAUCCAGCAGCAAGAGCAAGCAGAAGCCAUGAAUGAGAAGCUGGGAUCGCAGCAUGGACCACCAACAGUGAACCCCCCAUUCAAGCCAUUUGGAAAUGCUCUUUAUGGAGCUGGUUCAGGACUCAUUCGUGGGGGAUUAGGAGCAUAUGGGGGCAGGAUUCUUGGUUCAGGAUCUGAAUAUGUACAAAGCAAUAUAAGCAAGUACUUCUCUGACCCACAAUACUAUUUCCAAGUGAAUGACCAUUAUGUCAGAAAUAAACUGAAGAUUGUUCUCUUCCCUUUUCUGCAUAGGGGGCACUGGACAAGGAUAACAGAGCCAGUUGGAGGCAGGCUCUCUUAUGAACCUCCAAUCAAUGACAUAAAUGCUCCGGAUUUGUACAUUCCAUGCAUGGCAUUUGCAACAUACCUCAUUCUUGCUGGCAUAUCAUUAGGUCUUUCUGGGAAGUUUAGUCCAGAAGCUCUGAAUUGGCAGUUUGUGAAGGGGUCGGUGGGCUGGUUUCUUCAGGUGAUCUUGUUGAAGGUAUCAUUGAUUUCACUAGGUGGUGGAGAGGCACCAUUGCUGGAUCUUUUAGCAUAUUCUGGAUAUACUUUCACUGGAAUGUGUGUAGCUGUGCUAGGACGGAUCACUCUGAAUUAUGCAUAUUAUUUGAUAAUAGUGUGGACAUGUCUAUGCAUGGGCAUUUUCUUGGUGAAAACUAUGAAGCGCACCCUUUUUGCCGAAGCCAGGGGAUAUGAUUCAACCAAGCACCACUAUCUCUUGCUCUGCAUUGCUUUGGCCCAGUUCCCAUUGAUAUUCUGGCUCAGCAGCACAGCUUCAUGGUAUUGAUCAUCAGUGCUCUCAUAGUGGAUGUAGACUGUAUGCUUCUGUGAUUGUGGGCUCGCAUAUCACAUGUUUGUCAGCCUUCCUCUUGAGUUUGCUAGGCACCUCACCUUGAAUGAUUACUUCUUCUUUUUUUUGAAAAAAAAUUCUUUAAUACCUAAUAGGUGGGAAAUAAUGUACUGAAGAAAACUUUUAUAUGAUUCAAUUAAUCUCUUGUGCUGUAUCACAAUUUUCA